AUGGAAGGAACGCACCACAAUAUGAAGAAAUCCAGAUUAGCAAUGUUUAGGGAUGCCCGGCAGAUAUCGGAGGAGGAGGGGGAUUGCCUUCGGACAGACGAAUUGCCGUCCUCAGAGGUCACAACAGAUCCAUUCUCUGCGAAGGAUAAAUAUCCGUCGGUGACAAUGCUGUGUGAUAAACUAGACUCAUGUGACAUGUCCGACCUUCAAUCGAAUGGGCACCAAGAUUUAUUUAAUAUCAAUAAUUUACUUCAAAGAACUACACAACAGGACAUCGUGUGUCACACGGAAGAAAUGUUUGGAAAAGACGAUGACGGCGAUAUGCCUUUGCAUCUUGCAAUUAUUAUGGAUAAGCUGUGGUUGGUUAGUAUAAUUAUCAAAAUGGCCCCAGCGUAUAAGUUUCUGUCCAUACGAAACAAACUCUUUCAAACGCCGCUUCAUUUGGCGGUCAUUAUGCGAAAGAUGGACAUCGUGCGGCAGCUGAUGUGCGCAGGCGCAGACGUCAUGGUAGUAGAUAGGAACGGAAAUACGCCGCUUCAUAUAACUUGCCGUGAUGGGCUUUACGACAUUGCUCGUUAUUUGUUAGAGCCAGUACGAUACAGCGAAAUCCAAUGCAAUCCGUACGAUAUACCUUAUCAGAAAAUUCCACAGGAUUUCGAUAUCGCGAACUAUGACGGAUUGACCUGUCUUCAUCUGGCAGUCAUGAAUAAGCACAUGGAUAUACUGCAACUCCUCAUCGAACGCGACGUAGACUUGAACAUGAUCGAGCGGAAAGCGGGUAGAACUGUUCUCCACAUGGCGUGCAUUAGCGGUGACGUCAAACUGGUGCGUAUGUUCGUGCAUGUUAGGACAUGCAAUAUGGACGCACGAACUUACAGCGGAUGCACGCCCCUGGACCUGGCCCGGGACUAUAACCAGGACGGGGUAUACACGAUCUUGGCGGCUGCAGGCGCAAAACAUAGCGCAGAAUAUGUGGACAGUGACCCAGAUUGA